GUUAGAGUGAAGAAAGAAGAUAACUAUUAUAUAGACGAAGGUUAUCUAUCCAAAUCCAAAGAUUAAGAAUAUACAAAGUGAGAAAAAUAGGUACAAUGAUUAAAUCAAAUAAUAGUGUUCUAUUCGUGUACGUGUUUAUGUUCACGAUUCUCAUUGGUAUCGCUAAUGGCAUUGGUAAAUAUCGUGGCCUUGAAUUUUUGGAACCUUGUUCUAAAACCGAUCCUAAUUUGGAAGGUUGUCUUGCCAAAACUGCUAAUGUUCUAGUUGAACAUUUUCGACAGGGUCUGCCACAGUUAGGAUAUUCCGAAGUUGAACCAAUAAUUUUAGACGAACUUCACAUAGCUCUUGGAGGUGGUCCUGAUGGAUACAAAGCACAAUUCAUGGACAUAAAUGCCAAAGGAGUUUCAUCACUCAAAGUGACCGGUCUUAGAGUAAGAUUGUCUGACGAUGAAGUUCAAUUGCAACUGGUCCUUAGUAUUCCUAGAAUUAGGGCUGCUGCUAAAUAUAGGUCAAGCGGUACAUUGAUUUUGGUUCAGGCCAGCGGAGCUGGAGAUUAUUGGGGAGACUAUGAGGGAGUCAAAGCUAAAGUAUUUAUCAGAGCAAAACCGUUCAUUGUACAAGAUCGUCGCUUUUUGAGGUUGCAACAAUUAAAAAUGGAUUUCAGUGUCCAAGAUAUUAAAAUGGGUGUUGAGAACGUACACGAUGGCAAUACUAUACUUCAAGCCGCGUUGAACUUGUUUAUUAAUAGUAACAGUCAAGAAUUACUUAAAGAAAUGAAACCAGAUUUGAGAAGAAAGUUGGUCCAAGUUAUGUCAGGUUUCGUUGAGAAACUUUUCGCUCAAGUACCGUACGAUGCCUGGAUUACCGAAUAAGUAGGACAGAUGAUAUUCUUGAUCGUAUUUACGUUUUCGAUCAUCGAAUAUAGAUUGAACUUCUCGUGUAGGUAUACUUAAAAAGAGAAGCAAGCGUAUGUGUAUGUAAAUUUUUUUAUUUUUUGCAAACGUCUUAGUAAAUGCCUACAUAAAUAUGAUUUGUCUCUAAGAAGAGAAGGAAAGAUCUUAUUGGUUGAUCAAUUAUUAUUAUUAUUAUUAUUAUUAUUAUUAUUAUUAUUAUUAUUAUUAUUAUUAUUAUUAUUGUUACUAUUACUGUUUGCGUUAAAAGAUUGUCAGUAUUUUGUUCCUCAAGCAAUAUGUGAAAACUUCUUUACGAUUCUUAAUUAACUCGAGUCUUAUGACAAAUCAGAUCUUAGCCGUUUUUAUAAUUUAACAAUUUCGUUAUUGUUUGUUGAUCGUGUAGAUAGGUCGAUUAUAUAGUUAGAAAUUAUUAUUAUCUCUUUUUGUUAACUUUCAAUGUUACGUAUUGUAUAUAAUUUCUUAUUUGUUCACAUUACGAAGACAAUAGUAAGAAAAUGGACGAUCAUUUUUUUUUUUUAAGUUACUACAUUACUCGUCGGAUGUUUUAGGAUAAGACUUUUUAUACAAUUGUCUAUUUAUUUAAUAAAUGACGUCACUUUUUGUCGACAAUGAUUCUGUAUUUAGUAUUGUGAAACCUCGUACAACACUAAUUGGAAUUUAAAAUGU